UUUUAGUUUAUUUUGAUUCCAGCGAAUUCCUGAUACAGAUGACAGUGGAACGUCAAGUCAAGAACAGCUUUAACGCAAGCAUCCACGAUUAAAGAAUAAUAUACAGGGAUUAAUUGCAGCCAUUUUGACAGGACAGGUGGGAGUCUCUUAUCGACCUCUUCGGCGCUCUUAAUUCUAUUAAACCCUGUUAUCAGCGAGAAUGCCUGGGGCCGUAUUCGGGGACCGUGAUUGCGUGCCGAUGAUACAUCAGGGGAUUCGAAUGGGCGCCAAAGUAUACGCGAUCAUCUCGGAGUCAUCCCCUCUGCCUCGUGGACGAGGUGGUGGCAAUUUUAGUCCUUCCUUCUGUUAGGCUCAGUUCACCUCGGUUCUUCGAGUAUCGGAGAUGAGGUGCGCGGUUCGCGUAUAAGACAGAAGGGGACAUCCGAGUUGCGCAUUUUACGCUGCGUUACAACGCACUAACGGCGCGAUGACGGGGAAGGAUCAUGUGCAACUGGACCCUAUUCAGGAGGCCAUGGGCUCCAUGGGCCCUUGGCAUGCCGUUAUCGCAAUCUCUCUCUCCCUGGUCAAAUUUGCAGUCGCUUGGCAUCAAUUGUCCAUUGUAUUUUUGGCACCACCGACUAAUUUCACAUGCAUCUCCCCACCUUCGGUGGAUAAUGACACGAUAAUGAAGUGUAGCGUAAACGCAGGGAACGACACCUUUGAGAAGUGCACCGGAUUCGAUUAUGACAGGAGUAUAUUCAAGGAAACGAUAACCACCCAGUGGAACUUGGUUUGCGACUGGGAGCAAUUGGGAAAUUUUGCCCAGACGUGCACGAUGUUUGGAAUCCUGGUUGGAAACAUGAUUUUCAGUGUGAUGGCUGAUAGGAUUGGAAGGAAAAUACCUUUACUACUUGCUGUACUUUUGCAGUCAGUUAGUGGUCUGCUAAGUGCAUUUGCUCCUUGGUAUGAAUUAUUUCUGUUGCUGAAAUUUAUUUCGGCGGUAGCUACUGGUGGCACCAUGCUCGUCAGUUUUGUUCUGCUCAUGGAAAUUGUCGGCGUGGAAUGGCGCUCCAUUUUGUCCGUGCUAUUCCAUGUUCCGUUCUUACUUGGCCAUUUGAUUAAUCCCUUAAUCUCCUAUCUAACCCGGACAUGGUACGGCUUUCAACUUGUGAUAUCAAUUCCGCCGAUACUCCUAUUGUCCUAUUACUGGAUUAUCCCAGAAUCGCCCAGAUGGUUAUUAGCAGUCGGAAGAGUCGCCGAGGCAGAGCAAAUCCUGACUAGGGCGGCUAAAAGAAAUAAAAUGCCUCUGGGAAAUGUCAAGGCGGCCAUAGAGUCUCAUCAGAACAAUGUGGAACACAAGCCGGAGAAGACCCAGGAAACAUACAACCUGACGCAUUUGUUCAAAACUCCAAAUCUGAGAGUCAAGACUUUAUGUAUAUGUGCCAAUUGGAUGCUUUGUGGUACCUGUUUCUUUGGAUUAGCGCAAUAUAUGGGCCAGCUGGAUGGAAACAUCUUCAUCAAUGUGGCAGCUUCGGCCGCCAGCGAGUUACCCGGGACCGUGAUAGUCCUUGUGCUGAUCUCGCGAGUGUCUCGGUUAAAGAUUUUGAUGGGAGGGAACCUCUUGUCUGGUUUAGGCUUACUGCUGAUAACCGUAAUCGACAAUCCAACUGGCCAAGUCUGCUUGGCCACAAUGGGCCUUGCGGGAAUGGCUAUUAGCUUUCCGACUGUAUAUUUAUACAGUGGAGAAGUGUUUCCAACAGUUGUAAGAAAUGCUGGAAUUGGACUGGCGAGCGUUUGUGCAAGAUUCGGCAGUAUGAUUGCACCGUACAUAGCGACGAUGGGCUCGAUUAAACCAUGGUUGCCUCCUCUGUUAUUCGGCGUGGGCCCUCUUGUUGGCGCAGGUCUUUGCUUAUUGUUGCCAGAAACAAUGAAUUGCGAAUUGCCAGAGACAAUAGAGGAUGCGGAGAAUUUCGGAAAAAAAAAAGAUGCACGGGCUGUGGUACCUUCAUAAUACUGAAGCAGCUAUUUUUCUUUUAACGAAAAAGAAAGUAUCGACAUAUGUAAAUACCAUAUGACAUUCAGCAACUCAAUUUUAUGGACUGGGUUCAAUUAUAAAUUUAUCUUACAUGGUAAUACGAAUCAUGUAUGAAUUCCAAAAGUUUAUCUGUAGUACGGAACGUAAUCCGUAUAAAAUGAUGAAGGCAUCUCGAUUUUUUUUAAGAAAUAAGAUUAUUAUAAGAUGUAGAAAGUAUUCAGGAUGAAUUUUGCGAAAAGAUGCACCGUCUAUAAGCACGUCUCGUUACGUUUCUCAUUUGCACUUUCACUAGGUUCAUCUUACGUAUUCACUCAUUAAAUAAUGCAUUUAAUCUUUAUUUAAUGUACUAUUUUAAUUAACAGUAUACACGGAUUUUGUACAGAACACGUUUUGAGACGUAAAUGCAACGUCAAUUAUAAUAAUGACUUGCAGAUAAUAAUAACGUAUCGCAUAUAAUUGUACCGUUUCAAUAAAUCGAUGCAUAAAGUGCUUAA